AUGUAUCGUGCAAGGAUAGUGCUUCAAGCUUCAAAUAAAAUUGGCAACUCAGAAAGGUUUGCAUCAUGGCUUCUCAACAAACCACAGGCUGCCGCUGUGACAGUAAAAGCCCACAGGCUGAAGAGUUCCACGGCAGCAGAGCCCUUCCUCAAUGGUUCAAGCUCUGCUUAUGUAGAGACAAUGUAUAAUGCUUGGUUGACAGACCCUAACUCAGUGCACACUUCGUGGGAUGCAUUUUUCCGCAAUGCAACCAACGGUGCGCAGCCUGGCGUCGCGUACACAUCUCCACCCAAUCUGGCUCCCUAUAAUAAGAAUGAAGUGCCUCUUACAUCACUCGUCCCGGCCGCGGCCGGGGGCAUGCCCUCUAUCUCUGCUGGCUCGCCGAUCAACGAAAAGAUUAUCGAUGAUCAUCUCGCAGUGCAGGCCAUCAUCCGAAGCUAUCAGGCUCGCGGGCACCUGGCGGCGGACGUGGACCCGCUGGGCAUCACCACGGCCAACUUGCCCGAACUGGGCAUGCGCGCGCCCCGCUCGGAACUCAUCAUGAGGAAAUAUUUCAAUUUCGGUACGAUUGAUGAGCCGAUUUCGCGUGGGCACCUCGUGGCGCGCCUCGACCCGCUGGGCAUCGCCACCGGGGACCCGGUGUCUAGCGGCGACUGGCACGGCGGCCUACGAGCCUUCGCCAGCGAGGCGGUCAUUAGGCAACACGUGCGAUUCGGUAUGCGAUUGAUCCGGGGACAUCAUAUAGCAAAACUCGACCCGUUGGAAAUAGCAAACUACGAUAUGGCUGGUAAAAACCCUCGGGAGGUCAUUCACAACAGCUACAGGUUUGAUGAAGCUGAUAUGGACAGGGUUUUCAAACUACCCUCUACCACUUUUAUUGGAGAAAAGGAGAAAGCCCUUCCCUUGAGAGAAAUCCUCAAUCGUCUUGAACAAGCGUAUUGUAACAACAUUGGUAUCGAAUUCAUGUUCAUCAAUUCUCUGGAACAAUGCAACUGGAUCAGACAACGGAUGGAGCCCCCCAACGUGACCAAGAUGAGCCCAGACCAGAAGCGGUUGAUACUCGCUCGUCUCACUAGAUCUACUGGUUUUGAAAACUUCUUGGCAAAGAAAUGGUCAUCAGAGAAACGUUUCGGUCUGGAAGGGUGUGAAAUCCUUAUUCCUGCAAUGAAGCAAGUCAUCGACGUGUCAACACGUCUCGGAGUCGAAUCUGUUAUUAUGGGAAUGCCACACAGAGGUCGCCUUAACGUUCUGGCUAACGUGUGUCGUAAACCUCUUCAUCAGCUGUUCACUCAGUUCGCUGGUCUCGAAGCUGAAGAUGAUGGCUCCGGUGACGUGAAGUACCACUUGGGUACAUACAUCGAGCGCUUGAACCGCGUGACGAACAAGAACAUCCGGCUCGCCGUCUGCGCCAACCCCUCGCACUUGGAGGCCGUGGACCCCGUCGUGCAGGGGAAGACCCGCGCCGAACAGUUCUACAGAGGCGACAAUGAGGGCAAAAAGGUGAUGUCAAUCCUUCUCCACGGUGACGCAGCGUUCGCCGGACAGGGCGUGGUGUUCGAGACCAUGCACCUGUCGGACCUGCCCGCCUACACCACGCACGGGACUGUGCAUAUAGUUGUUAACAACCAGAUCGGAUUCACCACCGACCCGAGGCACUCACGCUCCUCUGCCUAUUGUACUGACGUAGCCCGCGUGGUGAACGCGCCAAUAUUCCACGUGAACGGCGACAACCCGGAGGCGGUGAUGCACGUGUGCAACGUGGCGGCGGAGUGGCGCUCCACCUUCCACAAGGACGUGGUCAUCGACAUCGUCAGCUACAGGCGCAACGGACACAACGAGGUGGACGAGCCGAUGUUCACGCAGCCGCUUAUGUACCAGAAGAUCAGGAAUACUAAGCCUGUGUUAGAAAAAUAUGCGGAUCAAUUGAUCUCUGAAGGCGUAGUGACUGCGGAAGAAGUUAAAGACGUGAAGGACAAGUACGAGAAGAUCUGCGAGGACGCGUACAACCAGGCGAAGCAGGAAACCCACAUUAAAUACAAGGACUGGCUCGACUCUCCCUGGUCUGGAUUCUUUGAGGGCAAAGACCCGUUGAAGAUGUCCCCAACUGGUGUAGUAGAAGAGACUCUAGUGCACAUCGGCAAACGUUUCUCUUCGCCGCCCCCAAACGCGGCCGAGUUCGUCAUACACAAGGGUCUUCUACGUAUUCUCAAAUCCCGUAUGGAGAUGGUGAACAACAGGACCGUGGACUGGGCGCUCGGCGAGGCCAUGGCCUUCGGGUCUCUACUAAAGGAGGGUAUACACGUGCGUCUGUCUGGUGAGGACGUGGAGAGAGGAACUUUCUCGCACAGGCAUCACGUACUUCACCAUCAAAAAGUGGAUAAAGCUACUUACUGCGCGCUCGCGCACCUCUACCCGGACCAGGCGCCCUACACAGUGUGCAACAGCUCCUUAUCUGAAUAUGGCGUGCUCGGGUUCGAAGUAGGCUACUCUGUAACCAAUCCGAACGCGCUGGUGCUGUGGGAGGCACAGUUCGGUGACUUCAACAACGUGGCGCAGUGCAUCAUCGACCAGUUCAUCUCCAGCGGGCAGGCCAAGUGGGUGCGCCAGUCCGGCAUUGUGCUUCUGCAACCCCAUGGCAUGGAGGGCAUGGGACCUGAACACUCUUCAGCUCGCUUGGAGCGUUUCUUACAAAUGAGCGCUGACGAUCCCGACUAUAUGCCUCCUGAAAGCCCUGACUAUGAAGUACGCCAACUCCACGACUGCAACUGGAUCGUAGCGAACUGCUCGACGCCGGCGUCCAUGUUCCACAUCCUGCGGCGGCAGAUCGCGCUGCCCUUCAGAAAGCCCCUUAUCCUCAUGACGCCCAAGUCCCUGCUGCGACACCCCGAGUGCAAGUCCUCCUUUGAUGACAUGUGUGAAGGCACGUCGUUUAAGAGAGUGAUCCCAGAAGAAGGUCCAGCUUCUGAGAACUCCUCGAACGUGCGCAAACUCGCCUUCUGCUCCGGCCGCGUGUACUACGAUCUGCUCAAAGAGCGUCGUGACAGGGGACUUGAGAAGGACAUUGCUAUUGCCAGAUUGGAGCAAAUCUCGCCGUUCCCCUACGACCUGAUCAAGGCGGAGAUAGCCAAGUACCCGAACGCUCAGCUCGUGUGGAGUCAGGAGGAACACAAGAACAUGGGCUCGUGGAGCUACGUCGAGCCCCGCUUCCGUACGCUACUGCAGAAUCAGAAACAGAUUAGCUACAAUGGGAGACCGUCGGCAGCGUCUCCCGCCACCGGCUCUAAGGCGGCCCACAACAAGGAACUGAAAAAUCUUCUCGAAGAAUUCUGCGUAUUA